ACAAGAACUGCAAUAAUUCAACUCUUUUAGCAAAAACAACAACCAUUUUAAAACUUGACAGAACACAGCUGUUCGCUAAUUUUCCUGUAAACAAAAAUGGAAAAUAACUCGAAAUCAGAAACUUUAUUGCAUCCAAAAAUUGAUGAAUUAUACAAAAUAAUCAAAUGCAUUUCUCAAUCAAAUAAUUUAAAUUACAUAAAACAAAACGGAACUUUUAAUUGGCAAAGUAUAGCAGAGCUGUUAUUUGGCAAUGGAAACAUUACCAAAGAUGACCCAAUCUAUCCCAAGACAUACGAUGAAUACUUACCAUAUGUCCAAUUACUCCAACCAGUCUUCCAACAAAGUCAUUCAGUUCUCGAACGAUUAACUGACAAUACCGACUGGCUCCCAAAACUGCAAUGGCUAGGCCAACAAUCUCGUCUGCCUUACAUUUUACAUGAAUAUAAGAAUCCCUCGUCUGAAACAACUGUUGUCGAAAAUGUAUUAUUUCUGACAGCAGCUCUGGAAUACGCUUUGGGGAAUGUCUACCAGACAAUUGCCAAAAAGUCUCCACCGCAUCUUUUAAGAGAUCUUCUUGACACUAAAGAACUGAGAGACGUCCUUGGAACAUGCUCGAUUUUCUUUCUUAAAAUUCUUAUGGGAUCAGCAGAAUCCAUCAAUCUCAGGAACAUUGUCUGGCAUGGUUUUCCUCUUCCUCAUGAGAUUCCUCCCUCCUUUGUUUCUAUUCUUCUUGUUGUCAGUGCUAGUUUAUCUGAACUAAUUGAAGACCUUUCUCUUGUAUCAAGACCACAAGUAAAGAAUUUUUCUAGAUUCUUGACAAAGAUUCAUUCUCCACCAAUUGGCUACGCUCUUGUAGAUAAUUAUCUUCUCGUUACCCAAACAGUUGAUAACUCUCCCUGGACUGGGGAAUGGAAAAUCUAUUGGAAGCAAGUCUAUCAACAUUAUGAACAAUCCAACUAUUGGCGUUGUGUCAUGUUGAUUCUUCCCCAAAUCGAACUUGUGCUCCGUAAAAUAUACGGCGAAGCUAACAAGUUCGAUAUUACAGCUAAACUAAAUGAAUACUAUAUAACGAUGAAUAGUAUUUUUGAGUUCUCGGAAGAUAAUCGACUGCUUGAUUCCUAUAUGACCAAAGGAACACUUCAUUUCCUUUAUGACAUCUUCAUUUCUCCAUUUGGUAUGAGAAUUCGAGAUAAAGUUAGUCAUGGAGAGGUUGAUUUGAAUUGUUUGGAUGGAAAACUUUGCUCGAUAUUGCUUUAUGCUGGUUUGAAUCUUUUAAAUAAAAAUGAAUUUCCUCUAGAUGGUUAUCAAAGUAAAUUUCAUUUGAAUAGUUUGGUUUAUGAGGCAGUAAAUGCAUCGAAGAGAUUUGUAUUAGAAUUGAUGAAAAUGAGAACUCCAAGUAGUUUUGGAUUAGAAUUUAAAUGGAAUUGGGAAGUUAUGGAAACUCUUCAAGAACUUGUUCUCACAGAAUGUGUUGAGAUAUUUCAUCGAUCGAAAAAAGAACCAGAAAUUAUGAUGAAUCUUAUGAAAAUUGCACAAUUGAUUGUGCAGAUUUGUCAAAAUUAUCAAAUAUCGUUUGAGGAACGAUUUGGAAUGUUUUUUAGACAUGAACCGCGUUCGAGAGCGAGGAAAACAUUAGACAAAAUGGUGGAAACUUUGGGUGUAAUUGGAGAAAUUCUAGGGAGCAUUGUUUGUUAUUUAAUCAGAAUUAUCAACGAGAGAUGUUUCGAAAACAGAUUUGAUGAUUGUCAAAAAUUUUGUAAACAGACUUUAACAAUUGUGGAGAAUCUUGCGCGAUAUUCGGAUAGAGAAAGUAAUGAAUGGUUGAAGGCUUUGGAUUGUUGUAAUAAGUUUCAUAAAAUUGGUUCGGAUUUUAAUUCUAAGUUUAAAUAAAAUUGACAUUGUAGUUAUGUAAU